GGCUACGUACGCCCCGCCCCCGCCCCACCACGCCGGGAAGACCCGGCAGGUUCCCAGCUAGUACGCGCUGAGGUCGGGACCGCCGGGCCCUCCUAGCUGUGGCCUGAUGGCGGUGGCGCGGCCCAUGUCCCGGAUGUUAGGGCUCCUGAGGUCUAGCGCCAGGGGCUGUAGCUCCGGGGCUCCAGUGACGCAGCCUAGCCCCACGGAGCCCUCGCGACCCGCCACAGAGGAGCUGUCCAGGCGGCGGGAGUUCCUGCGCGAGCAUGCAGCCCCCUUCUCUGCCUUCCUCGUGGACGGCUUUGGCCGGCAGCACAACUACCUGCGGAUCUCACUCACUGAGAAGUGCAACCUCAGAUGCCAGUACUGCAUGCCUGAGGAGGGUGUCCCCUUGACCCCCAAGGCUGACCUGCUGACCACCGAGGAGAUCCUCACCCUUGCCCGGCUCUUUGUGAGAGAAGGGGUUGACAAGAUCCGGCUCACAGGCGGGGAGCCGCUCAUCCGGCGGGAUGUGGUGGACAUCGUGGCCCAGCUCCACCAACUGGAGGGGCUGAAGACCAUCGGAGUCACCACCAACGGCAUCAACUUGGCCCGGCUGCUGCCCUCACUGCAGAAAGCCGGGCUCAGUGCCCUCAACGUCAGCCUGGACACCCUGGUGCCCGCCAAGUUUGAGUUCAUUGCCCGCCGGAAAGGCUUCCACAAGGUCAUGGAGGGCAUUCACAAGGCCAUCGAGCUGGGCUACCGCCCCAUCAAGGUGAACUGUGUGGUAAUGCGAGGCCUGAAUGAGGACGAGCUUCUGAACUUUGUGGCCCUGACUGAAGACCACCCUCUGGAUGUGCGCUUCAUAGAGUACAUGCCCUUCGACGGAAACAAGUGGAACUUCAAGAAGAUGGUCAGCUACAAGGAGAUGCUGGACACCAUCCAGCAGCAGUGGCCCGAGAUGGAGAAGCUGCCGGAGGAGAAAUCGAGCACCGCCAAGGCCUUUAGAAUCCCCGGCUUCCAGGGCCAGAUCAGCUUCAUCACGUCCAUGUCCGAGCAUUUCUGUGGGACCUGCAACCGGCUGCGAAUCACCGCUGACGGGAACCUCAAGGUCUGCCUCUUUGGGAACUCGGAAGUCUCGCUGCGGGACCACCUGCGGGCUGGUGCCUCGGAGGAGGAGCUGCUGACCAUCAUUGGGGCCGCAGUGGGCAGGAAGAAACGGCAGCAUGCAGGCAUGUUCAAUAUUGCCCAGAUGAAGAAUCGGCCCAUGAUCCUCAUCGGGUUAUUUUCAACGCUCCAAGAUUCCCCACCAGCCAGUCCAGUCAUUUCCUCCUGGGAGCCGCUCCCUGUUCCAGGUCGGAGACCCAGACCCUCUCCCCUGACAGCAGCUUUGUGGAAAGAACACCAGCACCCCCAGGCCCCUGCUGUGGCCUGGCAGUGGCCAGGGUCUGGAUCCCCUCUGAGACUCUACAACUCCCAAGCAGACUUGGACAGCACCCCAACGUGCCUUAGCCCAGGGACCCAGGCUCCUGCCACCACCUCAGGACCUGGGGCAACCUCAGAUCAACUCACGCAUGUGGACUCAGAAGGGCGGGCAGCUAUGGUGGAUGUGGGCUGGAAGCCAGACACGGAUCGGGAAGCUGUGGCCUCUGCUGUGGUCCUCCUGGGGCCUGUGGCCUUCGAGCUUGUCCAGCAGAACCAGCUAAAGAAGGGAGAUGCCCUCGGGGUGGCCCAGCUGGCUGGAGUCCAGGCGGCCAAGCUGACCAGCCAGCUGAUUCCUCUGUGCCACCAUGUGGCCCUGAGCCACAUCCAGGUGCAGCUGAGGCCGGACCCUGCCCGCCAUGCCAUGGUGAUCCGGGGGUCCUGCCGGGCUCGGGGCCCCACUGGGGUGGAGAUGGAGGCGCUCACCUCCGUUACCGUGGCCGCCCUCACCCUGUAUGACAUGUGCAAGGCUGUCAGCAGGGACAUCGAGAUAGGGGAGAUCAAGCUCAUCAGCAAGACCGGAGGCCAGCGUGGGGACUUCCACCGGCCAUAGGGCUCCCACCCUUCCUGCACCUACAGUUUGGGCCAACAAAGUGUUACUAAAGUGUGACCUUCACUAUUCGGAAGCCAAGGUCAAGCCCCCCUUGUUGCCGGAUGAUUCUAAUAACCUGCGAAGUUCUUUGUAUGACGAGGACCCCAGCAGGCCUCAAAGCCUUCCAGGACUGAGUUAGUGGAGGGUUUGCCAAGUGUCCCGUGAGAUGCCUAGAAAAUCAUGUACUGUUUCUUAGGCACUUAUUUCAGCCUAGCCUGUGACUUAUUUUGGGUUUUCACUUUUCCUGUUUCUAUGGGGAAAGAACAAGGGCUCAUUCCACCAAGGAGCCCACUUUGACAAAGGAAAAGCACAAGCUUGCACCAAGAAUGUUUCACAACUUCUUAGCACCAGCUUUGCCGCCACAAGUUUGAGAAGCCACAGCCCCUCCAUCUCUGCCGUGCCUCCUGCAAGAAAGCUACCUGUCCCCUCCUACACCCAAGUCAGCCCCUGCCGGCUUGCAGGUGUGGGGACCACGAGUGGGCUUAGCCCUGCGGAAUUCUGGCAGCCCACUUCUCCCACGCCGGGUCCUGUUCCCACCCCCUCUGUAUUCUGGAACAUAUCAGGGACAGGUGAGAGCUGGAGGUUACCUUCCCUCUCUCACCACCCAAAUAAAGCCACGAUGCCAACUUUGGAGAUGCAAGCCUGAGGUGUGUAUCUGGGGAGGGCACGGUGUUGCUAUGCCCUCCGUCCAUCCUAGCCACUCCUGGGGGAAGAGGGAGACCCUGGAGAGGCCAAGGGCAGCUAUUCUGUCUUACAGACGUGCGCCCUGGUGUGGAUCUGGUUGGGUUGGACGCUGCCCCCAGCAACCAAAGAGUGCAUUAGAGGUUCCCUGUCUUCAACCCAUAAAUGUGCACCUGGACUGCUGGGGCCUCCUUCCUCUGCGGAAGCAUCUGUGAGUCUGGCCCUGGUGGUGCCCCAGCCUUGCUUUCAUCUGCUCUGGGCCAAGGUGUUCUACAAACAGCAUUCUGGAAAACAAGUUUUGGUGUUACCAGUACUCCCAAUUCAGGCAGUCCCUGUCAUGCCCGUUGGUCUGCAGAAUUCCUGAAAAUGUGACAGUUGGCCAUCUAGGACCUGGCUGUAGC